AUGGUAGAACUUGUUAGUUCUCUUCAGAGUCUUGGAGAAUCACUGAAACAAACAAUUGCUUCUAAUGUAGACCUACGAGAAGCCUUGAAUGGUUUAGAUGAUAUUAGGACAGAAAGCAUACAUGCUUGCAGGAUUGCAAGUCUUCAAAUACUCAAAUGCCUUCAAAACACCCUAUGUUUUCCAGACUUGAAGGAUGAAUUUGAAACUCGAAGAUUUUGUAUGGCGAAUUCUUGUUUAAUAUUUUGCACAGCAUCAAGCUCCAUCAACUUGCAUACAGAAGGAAUGAGUCCUUUGGAAUUUCUUGUGAUUGAUGAAGCUGCUCAAUUAAAGGAAUGUGAAUCUCUUAUACCAUUGCAUCUUGUUGGUGCUCGACAUGCAAUCCUUGUUGGGGAUGAAAGACAACUCCCUGCCAUGGUGCAAAGCAAGAUAAGUGAGGAGGCUGAAUUCGGAAGGAGCUUAUUCGAGAGGCUUGUAUCACUAGGGCAUAAGUAACACCUUCUUAAUGUUCAAUACAGGAUGCAUCCUUCCAUAAGCCAGUUCCCAAAUAAGAAGUUUUAUGCAAAACAAAUCUUGGAUGGCAUGAAUGUGAAGAGGAGCACUUAUGGGAAGAGUUUUUUGCAAGGAAGUAUAUACGGGU